AUGGGUGACGUUGUGGACAAAUCUAGGAAUACAGGAAUAGCUUUUAUCCCUGGCGUUACCGAACCACCUUACCAAACUGAAAAGUAUAUACGUAAUAAUGAAUCUAAGGAUCUCGACGAAUACCUCCAAGAUCACGAUCAAGAAUUGAUAAAUAAUGCUACUUCCAUGCCAAACCGUCUACGGAGGUUGCGGGAGGAUAGAUCAUCAUCAAAAGAUGCUAGUAACUCAAAGAUGAUUAAUCAUCUUGAAAUUGCCCGAUUUUCAACAGAAUCUCUACAUAGUUAUAAUUUUGUUUCAAAUGAUGUAUCAAUGUACGAAAAUAGGCAGAACAUUCUUCGUCGUUCUAUUGAUUUCAUGAAAAGCAAAAUAAAAGGAUGGAAAUUUUUAGAUGUACAUCAAGUUCUACUUUCAUUAGUAGAACCUGCAACUGGUACUUCUACGGAUAUUGUUCUUCCUCAAGAAGAAACCGGUGUUAAUGAUUCGCGUCUUUCUCGAAAGCCUAAAAUAACAUUAGGUUCAUUAUCAGAUAUUCCAUUAUACAAUAAUCCACCAUCUACUUUACACUCACCUACAAGAUUCACGCCACAAAAUCAAGCUAUUAUUACCACAGAUCAUCAAGGAAAUAUAUUAAAUGCCAAUGACAUUGCUUGCUUGAUAUUCAGUUACUCAAGAGCUGAAAUAUCUUCCAUAAAGGCAUUUGACCUGAUUGCCAGCCCUUAUAGAGAAAAGCAAGAAAAAUCUCUUGCAUUAAGACCUCAAAAUGAUCAUGAUAGUUGUGAAGCUGUGUUGGCUUGUGGUAAAGUAAUUCCGAUACAAAGAAAAAAUGAUGAAACAUCUGCAGCUUCAUUAUGGUUAAAGGCAAAAAAGGAUGAUGUAGGAAAUUCUAUUUUUAUUUGGAUAUUUGAAGAGAUUGUUGAAUCCAUGAUGACAGCUGAAAUAGAUGAGAAGGGUAUAAUACAUAAUUCGUCUGGUGAUGUAAAAGCUUUAUAUGGUUACACUCCUGAAGAAAUUGUAGGAAUGUGCGUGACCACUUUAAUCCCUGCAUUGGAAGUCAUCCCGUCAAUUGAGAAUAAUAAGAAUAAUAUGGAUAUUGAUAAUUCAAGUUUACCUGAUAUACGAUUAGACAUUGAACAAAUAAAUAAAACUAAAUAUUAUGGAAGUCGAUCAAAAAAUUGUGCAAAAUUCCCAAUAAUCGGAAAAAUAUCGACAUCAUCAAUUCAGGAAGAAACGCACGAUCAAGGAACCACCAUUUAUCGACUUAAAAUUAUAUCUAUGCCUACUAUUGCCGGAGUUAUAACUGCACAUGCAACUGGCAUCAUCCAGUCAUGCAAUUCCGUAUUUGUUAAAUACCUAUUUGGUGUUGGAUCUCAAGAGUUAAUCGGAAAGCGCUAUAUUGAAUCACUUUUACCUCAAUUUCCUCGCCUUAUGGAUAUCCUUACGUCCGAAAGAUCUCUUGUUGAAGGAGUUUUAAUUUCCGAAAAUGCUUUUCGACGUGCUGCUGCGUCAAUAUCUACUACAUCUAAAAAUAAGUCCCUAUAUUCUCAUACAAAAGACUUUUCAUCUACCACGUUAUCUAUUCAGGAACCUUCUGGCAUAAUAGCAGUUCACAGGGAUGGUACGGAAUUUGACGUGGACAUUCAAAUGCGUGUUGUUGAAUCUCCUGAUGAGCCAUUGCAUGCAUUGUGGAUUACUUAUGAUCGUAGUGCUAAUUUUGCAAAAGAGCAAUCCUAUUUUGAUAAUUUUGAAAAUCAUGUUGAGAGGCUCGAGACUAGUAAGCAUUUAGCAGACGAGAAAACCCAAGAAGAAAAGGAAAACUUUCAUAUAUCUAAAUUUAUAGCGGUGGGAGGCAGACCUCCUUUAUCAACAGGUCAUUCAUCUGAUCGACAAAUAAUUACGCCUCCUGUGAUGUCUCCUGCGCCUGAGCCUUUCGAUCCAAUGACAUAUUCAGCAAUAACAUUAGGAAAAACAAUUGAUGAUUUUGAAAUAUUAGAUAAUUUAGGUCAAGGAGCUUAUGGUCAAGUCAAGUUGGCUUAUGAUAAAAAUGAUCUUGAAAAGAAAAGAGUAGUACUCAAAUAUAUCGUGAAGUCACGGAUACUCGUAGAUUGUUGGACUCGUGACAAAGUACUUGGUACUAUCCCGUUAGAGAUUCAUAUCCUUCAUACGCUAAGACGAUAUCCUCAUCCAAACAUUGUACAAAUGGUGGACUUUUUUGAAGAUGAGGACUAUUAUUAUAUAGAAAUGGGUUUACAUGGUGCCGGCAUGGAUCUUUUUGAUUAUAUAGAACUGAAUACUACAAUGGCUGAAGACGAGAUAAAACUUAUUUUCCGUCAAGUUGCACGUGCUAUACAGCAUUUACAUCAGAGAAAUAUUGUACAUCGGGAUAUUAAGGACGAGAAUGUGAUACUCGACGAAAAUGGAAAUGUUCAAUUGAUUGAUUUUGGAUCUAGCGCAUAUAUCAAAGCUGGUAGAAAGUAUGAUACUUUUUGUGGGACUAUUGACUAUGCAGCGCCUGAAGUCUUGACUGGAAAGAAAUAUGAUGGUCCACCACAAGAUAUUUGGGCUUUGGGUAUUUUGUUAUAUACUCUUAUUUAUAAGGAAAACCCAUUCUAUAAUAUUGAUGAAAUUAUUGCCAGAGAUCUUAGAAUUCCUUAUAUAUUAUCUGAUGGAUCAAUUGAUCUUGUUAAAAAAAUGCUUGACCGCGAUGUAGAUAAGCGUCCAUCAAUAGAUGAUGUCUUAAAUCAUUAUUGGUUACGGGAAGAAUGA